ACAUCCCGCUGACGCCGAAGGAGCGCUCGCUGCUGACGGGCGGCGAGGCGAGCGGCGAGGCGGGCGUGCGCGCCUCGCACUCGUCCGAGUCCGUGCUCGACGCGCCCGACUCGCCGCCGCCCAAGCCCGCGCGCCCCGCCAGUGAGAUAGGUUACAUUUGUUGUAACCCGGAAAAUAGAAAAAAAAAUCGAGAGUUGGCCCCGCCACUGCCGCCCAAACGCAAGUCCAACGACACCUCCCUACUGGGCCUCUCCAUCGAUAGACUGUCGCUGCAGUCGCACAGCAGCGGCUCGCUGGACUCGAUGCUGAACGUGUCCGCGGACGACGAGCGCGCGCACGACCACGUGUUCAUCACGCAGCCCAACAACGAGAUACUCGCGCUGUGCAGCUGUAACAGCGUGGGCGAGGUGCGGUCGUCGGUGGAGUCGCACGAGUCGCACGUCAACUCGGCGCACAUGCAUCCGCACUCGAACCACAAUCGUUUCUCCAAUGAGUCCGGCUUCGUGUCCGUGGGUCACGCGGAGAUCUCCACUGAGCACAGUUUCACAUCGUCUUUCUCUUCCCAUCACUACUCUAGCCAUACGGACAGUACUUUUAACAGUACAGACUGUGUGACCGAAAUGAAGUGCACAGUACAAAGCUUUGAAAGCCGCAUGAAUGUAACCAAUAUGAACUGUAUAACUACGCACCAUUCCACAAAACUGGCGAGCAUCACGUCGGACGAGAGCGAGACUCCGCCCGAGCUGCCCGCCAAGACGCGCCGCAACAUCCGCGCCGACGUGCAGCAACACUUCCCCAACGUCGAAAUUAGGGCGGCGUGCUCGCUGCACGGCGAGGCGCGCGAGGCGCGGCCGCACACGCUGGCCGACCACCACCCGCCGCGCCCGCCGCCGCUGCCGCUCAAGAAGAAACACAUGUUCCAAAGCGUCGCCUACAGUGUAAUGGCGUACAUGGAGAUGUUCGGCAACUGCAGCCACAGCACCAACAACGCGGCUGCGCCGUCUGACAUGUUCCGACAUUCCAUUCAUACCUACAAUUUGGCCAGUGCCCAGCAAACCAGCACGGGGAUAAUCAGCAUGCAGCGUCAUCAGCAAGUACAGCGUUCGAUUGCUCAGUCGUUUACUGUUCAGCACUUUGGAAAUCCACCGCUCAGUGGAUCCGAUGACAGUGUCAGUUUAACGACGUCGAGCGGCACGAGCCCGCUGCCGCCGGAGCCGCCCGCGCUGCCGCCCAAAAUGAAUAAGAACAAACAGGUUCAGAUACAUUCGAGCAACGAAUUGCUGCCCCCGCCGUCACCGCGACCCUCUUCUCACAACAGCUCUGCCGAUGAAACUCUAUUGAAUAACAUCAACUCUGAUGACUCGUUUGUGAGCACGACAGUUCCGGGCAAGUUCCCGCUGGAGGACGAGCUGGAGAUGCUCGUUCAACAGCCCACUCCGUCGCCUGUACCCUCACAGCGAAGUGAAGAAAGUACAGAGCCAGCUCCGGUGAACAACGAAAAUUCAGCGAGCCCCUCGACCGGCGGCGGCGACUCGGAGGACAUCAUCCUGCAGACCGACAUCAGCUCGUGGCUGGUGCUGAAGGCGCCGAGCAAGGACGGGCCCGAGGUGCGCGGCGGACACCCCGACGCGCUCAUCGUGCUCGCCACUAAGGCAUACCAAAGGUGCGCACCGCACUUCGCGUACCAGGAGGCGUUCCUGGCGACGUACCGCACGUGGGUGCCGCCGGAGGCGCUGGUGGCGCGGCUGGUGCGGCGCGCGCGGCACCACAGCGCGCGCCACCAGCCGCUGCGCUCCACGCUCGCGCUGCUCACGCGCGUCGUCGCCGACCUCACAUUGGCAGAUUUGGAUGUUACCCUUAUGAAAGAGAUAAUGGAGUUCAUAUACUGGUUGGUUGACAUUGAGGAAUUGGCCAUAGCCAAAGCCCUGAGACAGAUUCUAGUCGAUAAACAAAAACAGUUGCAUUUCCAACAAACCAACAAUAGAUACGAAUAUGAGACGCCGUGCUACGGGUCAGUAUCCCUGCGUCGCGACACGCUUCUCGACUUUAAGGCGACGGAGCUUGCGGAACAGAUGACGUUACUCGACGCGGCGCUGUUUAUCCGCAUCACCACCGCCGAGGUGCUCUCGUGGCCGAGAGACCAGUCUGAAGAGAGCUCGCCGAACCUCACUCGAUUCACCGAGCACUUCAACAAAAUGAGCUAUUGGGCUCGUUCCAGGAUUUUGGAACAGGAGGAGGCUCGUGAACGUGAGAAAUACGCAAGCAAAUUCCUAAAAGUGAUGAAAGCCCUGCGAAAGAUGAACAACUUCAACUCGUACUUGGCGCUGGUGUCUGCGCUGGACUCGCCGCCCGUGCGCCGCCUCGGAUGGCCGCGAUCCAUCGUCGACACGCUGCACGACUACUGCACCAUUAUCGACUCCUCCUCCUCCUUCAGGACCUACAGGCUUGCGCUCGCCGAAACGCAACCACCUUGCAUACCUUACAUUGGUCUAGUCCUACAAGAUCUGACUUUCGUCCACAUCGGCAACCCAGACCUGUUGCCGGAUGGAAGUAUUAACUUCACCAAGAGGUGGCAGCAGUACCACAUCAUGGAGAAUAUGAAGAGGUUCCACAAAGAGCAAUACAAGUUCAAGAAAAACGAGCGCAUCCAGGCGAUGUUCAACGACUUCGACGACGUGCUGAGCGAAGAGGCGAUGUGGCAGGUGUCGGAGACCAUCAAGCCGCGCGAGCGAAGACGCGCCCGCGCCGCGCCCGCGCCGCCGCCCGCCGCCGCGCCCGCGCCCGCGCCGCCCGCACAGACUGCUGCUUAGGCACACACAUCCAAAGUAAAUUUUAAUCCAAAGAAAAGGAGAGAUAAAAAUGUAUGAGCGAUUGAAAAGUGAGUGACGACGUACAUCGAGGAUUUGUUAGUUAGAAAUAUUGUGAUUAUCUGUCCUAAAAUGGCCUAAUUAAUAUUAAUGUAUUUACUCAUGAUUGUGCGGUAUCGACUGUGAUCGUCCGGGGGCGAAUGCGACACGUGGGCGGGUCGAUGGUACAGCAAGUGCUCGCUUACGACUUCAAAGCUUUUCGUGUGCAAAAAAUAUUAACAAAAUAUACUAGCCAAAUAUUAUCUAUCAGUAUUUGAAUCGAGUUACUGUCAUCUUUUACAUAUCAGCAUGUGACUUGCGUAGCGUUACUUACAAACGAGCGACGCCUCGAGUGUUAGGAGAUAAUGUCCUUGAUUCUUCUCAUUGUUGUAGUUGCUAUUGAUGUCACUGUAUUACAUUAUGUAAGCCAGCUUUGAAAUUUAACUUAUCCAUACAUCGAAUUAGGGGAAACUAUUAAAAUUGUAGUAUUAGUAGUUCCACUAUUGUUCGAUUUUAGUGAAUUAGCAUUUUAUUAAGAGGUUCAAGUGUUUUCAUUCGUUUUAAAGACAAUUUUCGACUACAUAUAGUGACAAAAUUUUUGCAGGCAUGUCGCUUAUCUAAGAGAAAUGGGACGCUUCCAUCAUUUUCAAAGUAAGUUAUCUACAUUGAAUUAGAAUUACAUUGGCCCAAUAUAGUUAUCGCGGGGCUUCCGAAUCUUUAGUGAGAUUAUAAUUCUAUAAAGUAACGUUUAUAAUCGAACAAUAUUUUUGUACUGUAAUUGGCACUUAGUGCUGUUGAGAACCAUAUAACAUAGAACGACUGAUACAUAUCACAUGAAGUGUGUGCCAAAUGUUAACAUAAUAGUGUUGGAAAAGUCCCAUUUCCGGUUGGAAGUGUGUGAGUAGGUAUUUACGUACCGAUACUGCUACUGCAUGCCUGUUGUAUGAAUUACGAGACAAUUUAAUGGUACAAAGUUGCUAAGUACCCGAUUUCAGAUUAAGAUAAACGUGGUGGUGUACGUUUAAAAUGUUCAGCAAAUAACUUUUAAUAUUACAUCUAGUGGUGUCUAUAUAUAGCUUGCCUAAUAAAAAAAAUAUGAAAGCAAAGUGGCGCCGCGCAGUAUUUUGAGAGUCACAGUUGAUUUAUAAUUGAUAUAACAUGCAUUAAUUUUAACUAAAACACAUUCUAUAGCAAAAAAAAUGUGACAAGCUUAUUGGUUAGUCAGAAAUUUUGCUACGUUGUUUCCAAAGUAAUGUUACUGAAUUGUUAAAAUUCCGAAUGUAACAUUACAAAUCUAUGACCCAAUGUAUUGUCAAGAAUUGCGGUCAAUUAGAUUUUUUGCUUUUUCAAAUGUUCUACAUAUUAUAUGGAGUGUGACAUUAUCGGCACCAGUGGGAGUAAGCCAUUAUAGAACUUUCUUAUGUAUAAUAUCCCUAUUAACAUGCGAAUUAAACUAUAGAUAUUGUUGAUUUCUAUCAGUUGAGUUCAGUCGAUUGCUCACGUUGUUACACCUGUAUAAUAUAAUUAAUUCUCAGUGUGAUUUUAGGAACAAGUCUCAUAAGUUAAAUAAUUACGAAGUUGGUCUUUACAAUUUUGUGAUAGUUAAGUGUGUUUUUGCGCCAAAAUUUGCACCAACUUACGCAAUGGCCUUAUUGUGUUGAAUAAAUACAGUUGACGCCAAUAUACAUCAUGCUCUUCAAGACAUUGUCAAAAAGCAUUUUAUUUUUGAUAUUCAAAAAUUAUAUUUUUCCUAUAUGUUGCUGCCUGCAAGGAAGCAAGCGAUAUACUUAUUACAUACGUACUUUUGGGAUCUGUACUUGUUUAUAGUAUUCUUCACUUUUUGCAUAAUUCUAAUAUAAUGUGUAAGGUUUACAUAAUAUGGACUAGCGAAGUGCGAGUCCUGAGUAGGUAAAUAAAGUUCACUCGAUUUACAAGCAGAUUGAUGUCAAUGAUAAUCACAAAAUAACUUUAGGACAAGUACAUAGUGUAAUCAACAUUUGAUUUGCCUUAAGAAGAUGAAGUCUUCAGUGAAAUAGCAAUAACUUUUCGAUUGUUUGUAGAGUUGCUGUACAUUUGUGAUACUACUCAUGUAGCGUGCCGGUUACUACUCAGUCUUUUGACGUCCUGUAUGCGUAGGAAAAUUAUAUUAGACAAUGUUAGCAAUAAGCGUAAUUAAACCCCAUUUUAUCUUGCUAAGGCUGGUAUUACAUUAACUGUGUUUCACUAUUUAGUCAUUGUUAUAGCAAACAUAUAUUAUUACAUGCGUCAUACAUCAAUAUACAAUAAUGUAAGUCACGUGUGAUUUUAACUACAUAGUUUGAAAUAAAUGAAAUCCUAGUACGCAAGCAAUACUAUGUAUAAUAUGUUAUAUGGUCAGUGGGCUUAACAAUGUUAUUGUAUUGAUCUGGUAGUUUGUUCACGUUCAUUGAAUCGGGACGCACGUCCUCCGCAAUAAAUCAACUAGACCAAUGUUUAGAGUGUUUUACAAUGCUUUACUGGAAAUAUAAUGUGCUGAUAUUGUAUUUUGUAUGUGUAUUUUUGAUUGUAAGUUAAGUUGUAGGGUAUGUUACCAUUUUUGUCUGGGUAGUAUUUGGUUUUAUUUAUUUAGUGUAUGAGGAAAUUGUGUAACGGUUUUAUAGAAUUAUUAACAAAAAUAUUUUAAAGACUGCCUAAAUUAAUAGUUAUUAUGUAUUCAAAAUAAAUUGAUGUUUACACUAGUAAUUAUUUUUCGUAUGUUCAGUGGUUUAUCUGGACAGGUCUUACAUAUUUAGUGGACAUCGCCUGUUGUAUAUUAUACACAAUUAUUUGUCACAAAGUUUAUAUUUAUUGCAUACAUUAUUAUGAGAUUUUAAAUGAAUACAAGUUUGCCUCAAAGGAUUGAAUAUGAGCGUGCAGAAUAUUAUUAGCUUAAGUACAUCAUAUUAUUAUAGCUGAGUGCUUGUUAUUGUAGCUGAGUGUUUCGAUGCGGCUCAUUUAUAUCGGCACGAUUGACACAUGCACGGAUCGCUUUAUGGUUGCGGAUAGCGUGCUUCUAUUAGUGAUGUCUGCGCUGAUGACAAUAUUUUAGUGGUUUGAACGAAAUUCAAUUUAAUUCUGAUCAAACAUUUACGAAACUGUAAUUUUUUUUUGAAUGCAAUUACUGGUCCGUAGAUCCAGUGGCAUCAUGGUUAAGCUCUGAGAUUGGCGAGGCACCGAGUUCGAUACCUAAGUUGGACAGUCGACGUUGGUGGGGUAUGAAAAGCGCCCGUGGUGACCGGUACUGGACUCUGCCCCCGUCGGAAGAUAGGCUUGUCCCUGCCAUUUCAUAGAAAAAAGCUCAGGAAAUCGUGACUAUUGGAGCCUUUUUACACCACGUUUAUAAAACGAGGUGGCGACGUGGGUUGUACGUAUCACGGCGCUCAACAAACACAAGACAGGCGGCAAGUUGAGACCUUUGCACAAGAUACAAACGCGCAGAAACGUCGAUGCAGAAUCGCCGUAAGCGCGCGCUGCUUCGUUUGUGUGAAGCGCGUUCCACUUGCGUUUGUAUCGAUAUAAACUACAACUGCUAAUACACGCUGGUGACGCGAAAACGACGCGCUCAUCAAAAACGCGCUUCACCAGCUCAUUUAACUCUUGGUCUCUCGUGGCUCGCCGGCGAGCCAAGACAGCUACAUGACAUUUGCGUGUGUCACGGGAUUAUAACCUUAUAUACUACAUAAUAAGGUUAUUUUUCCGUCACACGUGUAGCUGUCAAUGUUUGGCGGCAAACAUUCAGCUACCUGUACAUAUUUGAAAAUAAAAUUUUGACAAGUCAUGACGGGUUAAUAAACGUCGUGUAUAAAGGCCUUUAGAACUGUCAACUACUUAGGGAUAUAGGCGUCAGCUUAUGGUAUAUUAUGUUCAACAUAAUUUUAUUUGGUUAUUAUUAUAAAUUAAUAUGGAGGGCGUCCAGGUCGUUUUAGUAUUAUAAUAUGGACGGAGCAGUCAUUGGUGCAGGCUCACUCAAAUAAUGCAAAAUCCAAGUGAACGGCGUAGGUACAUAUAUUUGUUGUAUUAGCGAGUUCAGUAUUAUGUUAAUAAAAUGCCAUAAUGUAUGAAAUGAAUUGAUUAUUUUAUCGUUUAUACUUAUAUAAAUUGUUUUAUGUUUUAUAUUGUUUUAAUUCUUACUUUAAGUAAAGUUUUUUUAUUAUUAUAAUUAUCUAAUAUCUACAUUUUAUUGUAAAUUACUAUUAUUAUUAUUAAUGAGUUAUAAAUAAACACCCCAUGAAUUUUGGAUUGCAUGUGUGUACAGUCUUAAAUUUUGUGUGUCAGGUUUUAUGUAAUUAUAUUUUGUAAAAUAAAUAUAGCACGUUAUUUACAACG